AUGCGCGAGAUUGUCCACAUCCAGGGCGGGCAGUGCGGCAACCAGAUAGGAGCCAAGUUUUGGGAGGUGAUAUGCGACGAACACGGUAUUGACCCCACGGGGACCUACCACGGGGACUCGGACCUGCAGCUGGAGCGCAUCAACGUCUACUUCAACGAGGCCACGGGGGGCCGCUACGUGCCGCGGGCGAUCCUGAUGGACCUGGAGCCGGGCACGAUGGACUCUGUGCGGUCGGGGCCCUUCGGCCAGAUCUUCCGGCCGGACAACUUCGUGUUCGGGCAGACGGGCGCGGGAAACAACUGGGCCAAGGGACACUACACGGAGGGCGCGGAGCUCAUCGACUCUGUGCUGGACGUCGUGCGCAAGGAGGCGGAGAGUUGCGACUGCCUGCAAGGGUUCCAGGUGUGCCACUCCCUCGGCGGCGGCACAGGCUCCGGCAUGGGCACACUGCUCAUCUCCAAGAUCCGCGAGGAGUACCCCGACCGCAUGAUGCUCACCUUCUCGGUGGUCCCCUCGCCCAAGGUGUCCGACACCGUCGUCGAGCCCUACAACGCCACGCUGUCCGUCCACCAGCUGGUGGAGAACGCCGACGAGUGCAUGAUCCUGGACAACGAGGCUCUGUACGACAUCUGCUUCCGCACACUGAAGCUCACAACGCCCACCUUCGGCGACCUCAACCACCUCAUCUCGGCGGUCAUGUCGGGCAUAACAUGCUGCCUGCGCUUCCCCGGCCAGCUGAACGCCGACCUGCGGAAGCUGGCGGUUAACCUGAUCCCUUUCCCGCGCCUGCACUUUUUCAUGGUGGGCUUCACGCCGCUGACGUCACGCGGCAGCCAGCAGUACCGGGCGCUGACGGUGCCCGAGCUUACGCAGCAGAUGUGGGACGCCAAGAACAUGAUGUGCGCGGCCGACCCGCGCCACGGGCGCUACCUGACAGCCUCGGCGCUGUUCCGCGGACGCAUGUCCACCAAGGAGGUGGACGAGCAGAUGCUGAACGUGCAGAACAAAAACAGCUCCUACUUCGUGGAGUGGAUCCCCAACAACGUCAAGUCGUCGGUGUGCGACAUCCCGCCCAAGGGGCUGAAGAUGAGCGCCACCUUCAUCGGCAACAGCACAGCCAUCCAGGAGAUGUUCAAGCGUGUGUCGGAGCAGUUUACGGCCAUGUUCCGGCGGAAGGCGUUCCUGCACUGGUACACGGGAGAGGGCAUGGACGAGAUGGAGUUCACCGAAGCAGAGUCCAACAUGAACGACCUGGUGUCCGAGUACCAGCAGUAUCAGGACGCAUCCGCCGAGGAGGAAGGCGAAUUCGACGAGGAGGAGGAGGAGAUGUAG